AUGUCUGUCAAUCGCUGGGUCCCUAGCAGUGUCCAACGUCAAGGUGCUAUCGACGAGGAUACACCUGAGGAUUUCGACCCCUUUUCUGACCAAAUUAUUGCAUGGGCCAACGAAUCGGAGAACGAAAAGGAUGGACGGACCCUCAUACAGAUUAUCAGGCUCGUUUACGAGAAGGCUAUUGACGAUGCUGACCACAGCGAGAUGUAUGCCCGACUCUGUCGCAAGAUGAUGGAAACGAUCAGUCCCAAGAUCCAAGAUGAUGGCAUUAAGAGUACCGACAAGAAACCCAUCACAGGUGAAGACUUUGAGCAUGGUUGGCUUGCCAAGGAAGCCACAGCUCGUGCGGCGGCAGCCGAAGCCAACGAAGACGAAGCAAUCAAGGCAGCCAACGAGAAGAAUGGCGAGGAGAGCGAGCUCUACUCCAACGAAUACUACGCGUCUCAGAAGGCGAAACGUCAGGGUCUCGGCCUCAUCAAAUUCAUCGGCAAGUUGUUCAAGCUUCAGACGCUCACUGAACGCAUCAUGCACGAGUGUGUGAAGAAGCUGCUUGGUAAUGUGGAGACCCCCGAGAAGGAAGAGAUCGAGAGUCUGUGUCAGUUGUUGAGAACUGUUGGCCAACUUUUGCAUGUUCCCAAGUCGCGUGCACAUAUGGACGUGUACUUCCAGAGGAUGAGGGAGCUCUGCAAGAGCUUGAACGUUAGUCCUCGCAUGCAGUUCGUGCUCCAGGAUGUGAUUGAACUCCGUGACCGGAAAUGGCAACCUCGUAACGCGGUUAAUGCGCCUACUACGCUUGCCGCAGUACACGAAGCGGCUGCUCGAGAAACCCAGGCGUUCCAGCGGCAAUUUAGCAAGUCUCGAGGUGGUUCGAAACGGGGUGCCGAUCGCAACGCUCAGCCCUCUCCUGAUGGUUGGGUGGUGGCUGGAGGCUCGCAACCUAGACCGCCAACCAAAUCAGGCGAUCUCUCGCAUUUCGGCAAAAUCAGCAAGGUCUCUCCGACGGUCAUGGGUCAGAGCAGUGUUUUCGCUGGCAAGAAGGAUAUCAAGCGCGAGUCAAUGACACGCACGAACUGGAGCUCUGACACGUUCUUGAUGCUCAGUCGGAACCCCGAGCUUGCCAUAGAACCCAAACCGAGCCGGAAGCCUAGUAAGGCCUUGGACAAACCGGAACCUACUCCACAGCAUAAGAAACUUCAACUCAGCACAAGACUCCACCCCAAGUCGUACCCAGAACCAAAUGCUCACGCGCGAACCUCCACGGCAGACGCCACCCUACCCCGUCGUCCGGUACUCUGCUCAGUGCAGACGGAGGAAGAACCCGAGGCAACACCUGCAGCCCAGAUGUCAGAAAAAGAUGCGCAGAAGAAGAUCGAUGAGGACGCUAAGGAAUUCUUCGCUGUCCGUGACCUUGAAAAGGCAGACGCAUACUUUACAGUUCUCCCAGAAGAGCAUCGAUUCCGACUGGUCCACAAGCUCGUUUCAUCGGCACUGGAAAGCAAGGAAGCUGAUGCUCGCUUGGUCGCUGAUUUCUUCUCUCGUCCUGCUUCACAACAAGAGUGCUCGCCAGAUGCUUUCGAAGUUGGAUUCAUGCCCAUGGCUGAGGUACUAGAGGACAUUGCCAUUGACGCCCCCAAGGCAUUCGAGUAUAUGGCAAUCAUGUUGAAAGGGGCUGCAAUGGACAGGGACGAGGAAAGGAUGAAGCGGAUCGCUGAGAAGGUGAUUGACAGUGGUGAUAGGUUACUUCAGCUCGUCUCGUCAUGA